AUGUCAUUUCCGCCUCGGGUCACAAACUAUGACAUCGCUUAAGGCGUGGAAUGUGAGCCGCGCAGGAAUUGCGCGCAGACCGAGGACUCCAUAUGCGAAGACGGUCAGGAAGUGCACCUUCUUUGCAGGGGGGAUGAGUACAACCCCCCACCCUAUCCGGCUCGUCAGUACAUCACACCCCCCUUCCUGCUACAGACCAAAGCAGCAGGAGUUUCGGCAGAGAGUCCAGUCUUCCGCCAUGGGUCGGGUCAUCAUCAUCAACACUCCGGCGGAUGGUGUGGACGAGAGUGCCGACCUCCACACGAUCACCGUGGACAAGGGUGCCGAUGGCCGCCUGGGCUUCAGUGUGCGCGGGGGGUCCGAACACGGCCUCGGCAUCUUCGUCAGCAGGGUGGAGGACCUCAGCCCGGCAGAGCGGGUGGACCUGCGAGUGGGCGACCAGCUGGUGGAGGUGAAUGGGGUCCCGCUGGAUGGCGUCACCAUGAGCGGUGCCGUCAAGGUCCUGACGGGCAGAAGUCGCCUGCGUAUGGUGGUGCGCCGUGUGGGGAAGGUGCCUGGAAUCUACCAGUCCACGGAGAAAACCACCUGGGUGGACCUGACCCACCGGCGCAUGGUGGUGGAGGAGAGCCGGCGUCCCUCCUCUGCAUCCAGCUCAGACGGUGCCCUCAGGCGCAUCGUUCAUCUGUACAGCCCCGCUGGCCGCUGCCUCGGGUUCAACAUCCGCGGCGGCCGCGAGUUCGGCCUGGGGAUCUACGUGUCCAAGCUGGAUCCAGGGGGUCUGGCCGAGCAGAACGGCAUCAAGAUAGGCGACCAGAUCCUGGCAGCCAAUGGGGUGAGCUUUGAGGACAUUAGCCACGCCCAUGCUGUAGACCUCCUCAGAAGCCAUGCCCACAUCAUGCUGACCAUCAAGGAGGCCGGCCGCUACCCCGCCUACAAAGAGCUGGUGACCGAGUACGGCUGGCUCAGUAAGAGUACGUGUCCCAGACCUGUCUGUGCUGGGCCUCAAAGGCCGGCGCCAGCUUCCUCUCCAGUGUCUGAUUCGAGCUCCUUCGUAUCGACUAUGUCCUCGGCGACCCUCCGCGGCUCCUCCGACUGCCCCUCCCCCACACCGACCUCCCCCACCACACCGAGAAGGAUGGACACCGGUGUCCAGACAGACCCGACGGAGUCGCGUCCUUCACCGAGGUCAGGGAGGGUCGUCGCCGGGGAAACCAGCCGGUACGUGAGAGACACGGUCCUGCUGGGAGACACGGCCAUCCGUGAUGAUGGUGUAGAGGAAGGCAGAAGUCCGUCCAGCAGAAGAACUUCAUCGCCGGGCAACUUGGCAGGCAGGACGGGGUCCUCCCCGAAAACUGCCCUCCUUGUGGCUCUCAGUAGACCGAGGAAGCCCCUGCGGAGGUCUCAGAGCCACAUCGCCUCCUUAGAGGAUGGGCAGGAGAGGAUGAGAGGGCAGGUGGAGAGAAGGCCUCCUGGUGGGGCCUCCGCCAUCCGACGCUCCAGGACUUUCGUGAACCUGCUCCUCCAGGGCACACGCAAGAAAGAGGCCACCAGGUGGCGCUCCAGGUCUCCUUCUGCACCCCACUCUGAGAAAGGCCAAGGGAAGUUUACCUGUAUACCGAGUGUAAAACGGUGUUUUUACCCCCCCCCCCCAGGUAGAGAGCGAGUCCGGAGCCAUAGCCCACUUCCUGUCACAGAGGCCCUGAAAAUGGUGGAGGCCAUGGCCUGGAGGCUUCUGGGAGAGGAUGAGGUGGCCGCUGUUCUCAGACUCUGCCGGAGGUUCACAGCCCAAGGCAAAGUGGAAGACCUGGUGCGCCCCCUGCUGGUGCUCCUGGACCGGCCCGAGAAGCUGCUCCUCCUGAGGGAGGUCAGGAUGCUCGUCCCCCCGAAGGACCUCGAGCACUUUGACCGCCUGGUGGUCCCCGUGGAGGAGGAGGCCUACGACAUCCUGAAGAGCCGCUCCCUGAGCUCCCUAGCGUUGCACUCCCCCAGGAGAGGAACGACCCCCCGGAAGCACCUCAUCACCCCUGUCCCAGACUGCAGGGGGACCUUCAGGCUGCAGCCAGCAGAGGACCCGGUGCUUGCGGCCAAGGAGCUUCAGCAGUCCAGUUUGCAGGUGUCUCAGUCCUUCGCUCACCGCCUGGACGUUCCUGUGGACAUCUACACGACAAACCCCUCCCAUUCUCACCCUGUGAGCCUUGUGUGCCCUGUGCGCGAUCUCCACCCUGCUCCGACGGGAGGUGGCAGCCCACGUGCCCCCCGUGAUGAGACGUGGCCCCACCCCGCUGCCAACCUGGGAGGUGUCCCUCAGGAGAGGGGGCGCCCCCUGCUCCGAAACGGCCACUCGGUGAACGGAAGGGACAACGUGGAGAGACCUGCACGUCAGGUGUUUGAUUCUCAGCUGCCCCCAGAGACCCCAAAAAUUAGGAGGGAGGCGGUAACCCCACGCCAGGAGUACAUGCUGUCCACGGUUACCAUUUCCAAGACCAGGCAGUCGCUGGGCAUCAGCAUCUCAGGAGGGGUUGAAUCGAGACUACAGCCGGCGGUGAAGAUAGAGAAGAUAUUUCCCGGAGGAGCCGCCUCAGCCAGUAAAACGCUCAAGGCUGGGGUCGAGCUCGUGUCGGUGGACGGCGAGUCCUUGGAAGGCGUGACCCACCUGCAGGCUGUGGACGCCAUCCGUCGGGCCUUCAGCAACAAGGCCAAAGACCCCAUGGUGUUUGUGGUGAAGGUGCCCCGGACCCCCUCGGAGUAGAGUGCAGCGGUAGACACUUGAAUGCAGUCGGACAACACCCCGGACCUUCCCCAGAAAUAGCCGCUCUGAGGCCGAACAGUUGGGGACCAGACCCUGGGAGCUGCUGGGGCAGAGACUCCACAAGCAGAUGGGGGAGCAGAUCCCACAUUGCACUGGCUAACAGUCUCCAUACCCUUCAGAGUCAGGUACUGAGGGUCCUACCUGGUGUCUGAAACUGGUUCCCUCCAUUAACAGCAGCUGCGGAGCAGGACUCUGUCAUUUCAUGUGUCUCCAUGACAACAGUCCUUAAAGUUUGUCUCCAUCACCAAGGCUCUAGAGAGGACGACAUGGAUGGGAUGAUCAUGCCUCACCAAAGGAGCUUUGUUCCCAUUGAAAACCACUCGAUUGUUUCACGGUCCUCUCCUUACAGACAUGGAUGAAUAGAGGGGCUGAGGAAGGUUUCUGGGAACCGUCACCGUGGUACCCGGCGCCGCACUGAGACGCGACGUCAUUACCGUGAUGUAAGGAGACAGACGGGUGGCAGACAUGUUUUUCCAGAUGGUCGAGAAAAGAGCCUGCCGUUGGACCUUUGUCUAGGCCGCUUGACUGCAGUUCAGGUUGCGUAAAUACCUGUGAGCUCACUGUUCAAAUCACGGUCAAAAACAGUGGCCGAUUCUUUUUCCUUCCCCCCACUCUUUUAUUAAAAACACAGUCAACUUUACAAGAUAUUUACAGCAUGAAAAAAUAUACAGAAAUUGACUACAUACAUACACUGCAGAUUAAAAAAGUAUAAUAUAGAAACCGGAGUAGUACGCACAUACAUAUGCACAAAGGGGGGGCAAAAAUGAGCACGCAAACGAAACAAGUAACGGGCGCUGUGUUACGUUGCUUUGGUCUAUUCACAGUGGCUACUCUUCUGAAAUAGAUAUAGUGCGGCUGCGGAAAAUUCUAGAAUACUUCUCUGUGUAUAAUUCGCUGUUGUGGAGUAUUUACAGGAAGAGGGGUCCGGGGAGGCCAAGCAUGAGGACCCGGAGCCGACCUCGGCGUACACCCCCCCCUCCAGCACUACGUUCGAGGCGCCCGAUGCUCCUAUUGUCCGCACAUCCUGAGCGACCUCGGCAGAGGGAUAGCGCCGCGGCCAUGGCACCCACCCGCCCCCCACCACCGAAACACAGUUAUGCGGCCUUCCUCCUAUUGUGAGGCAGCCCCCAGCGGGAUGCGGACCGAGGGUAAACAACGGUGACGGGGCGCACGAAAGCCAACAGGUGGCCCUGCGACUCCCUGCGGUCCCUCUCCGUGACCAGCAUCCCCCCCGGCAAACCCUUCUCACCGGAGCAAACCAGAUAUUUCCGAAAAUAUACCUGGGUUGAGGUUCAUUUCACCUUAAAGACUUAAUCAAAACAAUAGUGUUCUAUAACAUGAUAGUCGCCGCGCCGGACACUAACGUUGCACCUUAUGUGAAUCUUUAAAGUAGAAUUUCUCUGUGUCUCUACGCAUUUCUUUUAACUCUACACUCAACAGUGCAGCUGAGCGUCAAUUCUUGUCCCCACCCCCACAAGGCACACAAUACAAACACAACCCAGUGUGUUUUCGAUAUCGCCGACUGUGCGAACACACGUUGCAUAUUAGUGUCUAAUGAUUCUAAAUGAGCUUCUCUCUCGCUGGUCAACGCGUUAGUUGGUAGUACGAGUUAGUUGCGGUAACGUCAACAAUAUCGAAGCCUGAUCUGACAUAUUAAGUUUACGAUUUUU